UCUCACUCUUAUCUUUUUCUCAGUUGAAUUCCCACCAAAUCUCUGUGUCUCUAUUUCUCUCUGUAUGCUUGUUCAACUCUUCAUAUCCAGAGAAGACCAAAAGAAAGAAUCUUGAGAUAAUGACAGUCACGUCCUACAUCCUUCAACCCCUUUGCUUCAACCCAACUCCACCACUCCAAAUGCCGUCUCUGAAAAAUCUCUCUUUCUCAGAAUCUUUUUAGUAUUUGUUUUUCUUUCUUUUCCCUAAUCAGCAAGAAACAAUUUCUUUGCCAGCCAUGCCUGAGGUCCUCGACCUCAGCCAUUCCCCAUCCCAUUUCUCUUCCCCUGCUUCUCCUCCUCGUUCUCCAUCUCCUACAAGAGUCUCUUCCUCUUCCUCUUCUUUAUGCUGCCCACCCCUUCAGAAUGACGGCAUCAAUCACUCUGUCCGGGACUGUGACUCGCCCUCUUACUCUGUACAUGAGGACGGGGAUUCUAUAACGACCGACUGUGAAGAAGAGGAGGAGGAGGAGGAGAGCGAUAGGCAAAGAAGGGACCAGCUACCUGUGCUGGCAUUGCUGUUGGAAAUCUUGAGGAAAUCUUUAAUGGCUUGCAAGAGUACUGACAGGAGGGAGCUCUGUCCCAUGGAGAUUGGUUGUCCGACUGAUGUGCGGCAUGUGGCGCAUGUUACCUUUGAUAGUUUUCAUGGGUUCUUGGGAUUGCCUGAGGAGUUUGAACCUGAGGUGCCCAGGAGGCCUCCUAGCGCCAGUACUACCGUCUUUGGAGUUUCCACGGAAUCCAUGCAGUUGUCAUUUGACUCUAGAGGCAAUAGCGUGCCAACAAUUCUCUUGCUAAUGCAAAAAAAGUUGUAUGCUCUAGGAGGUCUGCAGGCAGAAGGGGUUUUCAGAAUUGCUGCAGCAAACAGUCAAGAGGAGUAUGUCAGGGACCAACUGAAUUCGGGAGUGGUACCAGAAGGCAUUGAUGUACACUGUUUGGCAGGACUUAUCAAGGCUUGGUUUAGGGAACUCCCAACUGGGGUUCUGGAUUCUCUAUCACCUGAGCAGGUAAUGCAAUGCCAGACAGAAGAGGAUUUUGCUAAAAUUGUGAGGCUUCUACCCCGAACUGAAGCUGCUCUACUGGACUGGGCCAUCAACCUGAUGGCUGAUGUUGUCCAAGAGGAACAUCUGAACAAGAUGGACGCACGCAACAUUGCUCUGGUUUUUGCACCAAACAUGACUAAGAUGGCAGAUCCUUUGACUGCCCUGAGGUAUGCAGUCCAAGUGAUGAACUUUCUCAGGACCCUAAUCUUAAAAACAUUGGUAGAAAGAAAGGAUUCUGUGGUGGAGCCUCCUUCUGCUAGCCAUUUAGAGCCUUCUGAUGAGAAUGGGCACCGAAGCCCUUCACAAGCCCGCCAGGAAGAUAUUACCCACGAGAAAGAAGAGCGAGAGCAAAGGUUCAUUACUGAAGAACCUAUUUCAGACAUUUCCGCUGACUCUAAUAAAAAAAACCACCUAAUUGAUGGAGAAGCUGGAAGUUCAUUGACUUCUUCUGAGAAACUAAAUCCUGAUGGGGAUGGUUUUUGUGGGAGUCUGACUCAGGUUGACCCUUCCAUUAACAAAAAAGAAGCAGGUGAAGCCAGUUGCGUGAGAGCUGAAGUUCAAGGUAACUCUGAAAAGAGAGAGACUGAAAAAUGUGGUCAGCAAUCUGCAGUUCCAGGAACAGCGUCUGCUGAGAAGACUAGGGGAAUCAGCAAUAUGGUCACAGAUUCAAGGAUAGAGCGGAUUGAAGCCUGGAGGUGAAGGAAAGCUCAACAGAUGUUGAUCCCCGGUUGAUUUUAUUACAGGUCUAGUGCAAGUGUUUUUUAACUUUGAAGUCAAGGGAAUGUUUGUGAAAUGUUCAUGGAGGAAACUUACAUAUUCUCAUACUAACAUUGUUGUUGGAGUUUGAUUGUUGUGGUUUCUUUGGGUUUGCUUUCCCAUCUUUAAUGGUAGAGCCAGGAAUACAUCUUCUCCCAUGACUAUAUAUUAUCCAUCUUAACCUAUGAAAAGUGAAUCUUCCA